AUGGCGGGAUAUUCUGAUAUCCCGCAAGAUGAGCCGCCUGCGUUGUACUCUCAUAAUUCAUGGGGCACCAUCGAUGGGCCCUCUUUACGCUCUUCUAUCUCAAGAAAGCCUGUCGGGUCUGGGACAGUGCGCAAUCAAGGCCGUCGCAGUGACCCUCAAAGCUAUGCUGCACUUCCACGGGAGACCGCACGUCCAAUCCAUCCAAUCGAUCAGUACGAUAGACCCUCAGCUUUCAACGAGACCUUCUCGAGUAGCUCUCCUUUGCAGUCUAGAGACGCUCCGCCAUCUCCGUUAGACGAGCAAGCAACUGGAUUCCCGCCACAUGCCGCCUCUCCAACGUCUUUCACAGAUUCAUACAAUGACCCAACGGUCGUCGAGAGUACUCGAUCUAGUGAUACUCCGUACGACUAUUCUACUUCAACAUGCGUGCUACCGCCUACCGCGAACAAACGGCCACAGAGAUCUUCACCUCGAACCUCACAUGGCUCAGAAUAUCAACAAGUCGCACCCUCCCCAGCCUACACGCAAAGCCUGGCCUACCAGCAAACUCCCACGUACCAGCCGACUGAGGCCUACCAGCAUAGCCAGAGUCAGAGCCAAGCUUACCGACAGAGUCAGGCCUACCAGCACAACCAGGCCUCUACAUAUCAGUUGCCGCAUCCACAGAAUCCACGCACCGUCAAUAACAACGUUGACCAGAUACAUUACGCUGAGCCAUCGCCGCCACACCUGAGAUUUCUAGGAGAUGACAAGCCCACUUUCCAGCAUGACGCCCAAGGAAAAAAAGGUGUGCAGGAAUUCCGAGAAAUCCCCAUCGAUCCGUCAGAGCCGCUGCCGAUUAGCUCUUUGCCAAAUUGGAGGCCCAGGUUCGUGAGGUCUGCCUCGACGUUUACAACCCUAUUCAUCGCUGUAGUGCUCAUUUUUUACGCGCUUCUAUACUGGAGGUCUAAAUAUCAUACCUACGUUGUCAAGUCUAGUCCCAAGUGGGACUGGGCGUUUCGAUUUGGUCCCGCAUUCCUCGCCACCAUCGUUGCCGAAAUCAUUGGCCGCCUAGCUGGCGACCUUAAGAUCAUUCUUCCAUUCAUGGCUCUAUCAUCUAGGACCGGUGCUGCCAUCCGAAAACAGUCUUUAGCACAACUCACAGAGCCGACUCGUUGGAGAAUGAAUUUCAAAGUAGUAUGGCAAAAGAUGACCGCUCCAGUUCGGGGAAGGUUUCAGGAGCCUAUAGGAUUCUUAGCCCUGUAUUGUAGUGUGUUGUUGAUUCCAGUUCAGUCGGGUCUAUUCACGACGGGGAGCGGCCGCGUUACCAAAUCGAGAGCAGCUGAAUUUCGAGCAGUUAGUAUUGACAAAUUGGUCACCGUAGCCCAAGGAACAAGACUGCCGUCAAUCGCUAUGGACGCAAUCUAUCACGGUCAGAACAUGUCAGAAUAUAAGUGGGUGUAUGGCGAUCUAGAUUCUCCCAACACUGGCGAUGCUGGCUGGGCCGGAAUCAUGCCUUACGCUCCAGAUGAUUCUGAGGACAUCACUCGCCCUGCCACGGCUGCUGAAAGCGAAUAUUGGAACGCUACAACAUCAGCAAUCUGGAGCUCGCCGAACUGCACUCAAGUCAACAAUAUCAGCGUUACUGCAUCCAAAGUUCAUGUGUCCGGCUCAUCUCGCUCUGCUACGGACCUCGAAAUGCUUGUUCAAGAUGCAGAAGGAUGCGUCUAUCAAGGGCUUUGGACGUCCGUUUCCAGUGACCAAGCACCAAGCUUCAGUAACCCGUUUCUACCGGAUGGGAGUUUCGCGCUUUGGUUGACAUUCUCCAACUCGUCUGCCAACAACAAUUCUAGGGUACUCAACGAUUGUCCGAACGUUCUCUAUAAGCAACUCAUCGUCACAGGUCCUCUAGCUGCCGAGAGCCUGGACGACUUCGAGGCGGACGAGAAUACUACUGGAUGGGGCGCCAUCAGCUGCGAACCAGCGUCCUACUCCAUCAAGGAUGUCCUCAACUAUCAGGUCUAUCCAUACAGCCAGUCAGCCGGGCAAACGGUAGAAAUCAAGGUAGCCUGGGGCGUCGUGCGCCGUGAUAGUGACGGUCAGACCAACACACUGAAACAUCCAUUAGACGUGAACUUUUUCGAAAAUAAUCGCAUUUACAACGCAACUGCCCCCGGCCUAUCUCGGACGUUUUGGGGAGAACCACUGAAUAACUCCGUGAGUUAUUGGGACUAUGCAGUCAAUGACUCGUCAGUCAGGGAUUGUGGGACUGUAAAAGACCCGUUACAAGAUUGGACUAAGUCAACAGCAUGUAUGCUGCUGCGAACAGUGACGGAUAUUUGGCCAUUUUUGGUUGCUACCACAGCGUCCGCUACAGCAUUGUACAUUCCAUUCGAUGAUUGGCAGAAGACUAAAGGUGCAAUUUCUUACACAUCAUCUGGAUGGUAUCUUUCUGGGUUUGGUCUGACCUACACAUUGUUUUUCUAUGCUCUAGUUCCCCUUAUACUUUGGCGCGAACGCUCCCUCGAAUGGAAUAUUCCCUGCCUCAAACGAAAGCCCCGAAAUCGGACUGGUCUGGAAGGACCUACAUCUUCAAUCGCCGGUCUAGCUUCCGUUUUCAGGGACCGAUCGGCGCGACGUCUAUUCGAAGGCUUAGAUGUGAUAGAGGCGGAUGAAGCUGUAGAUCAAAGCCAACGUCGAUUUGCUAACACAAAGUUACUGCUCCGUAGAUGGCUACGACCAGGACACGUGCAGGGAAAUACGCCUGCCUUCAUCAAACCUGAGGAGAGCCUGAAAGACCUUGAGUAUGACGAACCUUCAGUUGCAACACCAACUCCAAAUCUGCAAAAGCUAGUUUACGGAGGGACCCCGAAACUUCUGCAUCCCGGAGUACUUUUCUUGGUCCUGGCCGCUACCGCCAUAAUAGUUGGAGUCGUUGCCAAGUUCAUCAUCACUGCAAACACAAACAGCUUCCAAAUGUGGGAUUCAGAAACACCACCUUGGAUUCAUCACUGGAAGAGCGGAGUCCCAGCCGACAUCCAGAAACUCUUCUUCCACGGCGCGCCAACGUUGACUUUAGUCAUUGUAAGGCUCUGGUGGGAAACUAUCGAGGAGUAUUACCGAGCAAGCCAGCCUUACUAUGCUCUGGCCGCGGGGAGACCCGGAAGACUAUCCGUAUGUCUUAGCUACAUGCACGACUUCCAUUUUGUAGUUUCACUAAAAGCACUCAAAAACCACCAUUGGAAGCUAUUCUACGUCACUAUCGUCACUACUCUGAUCAAAAUUGCGGUCGUUGGUGCCUCUGGAAUAUUCUCUAUGGAAGCUGUUGCUUCACAUAAAGAUGAAAAGCUUCCAUACGAGCAGGUCUGGAGAACGUCUACUUUCGCGGAGAACAACACGGACGCGUUCCAGACAAACCUGCGCGAGUUCGCACUCUCUCGAGCCAUAUACGGCUACAAAUCCAUGCCGGGCUGGCACGACCUGUCUUACUGGUUCCCGGCGGUCUCGAUAAACGCUCCGUAUACGAUGACACUGGCUGGUCUUAUUAGCAAUCUCACAUGUGAGAUUGUGACUACUCAAGCUCAAAAGGUCAACUUAACCGAUGGUCUUACUGCUUGGGAUGUCACAAUGAGCGAGGGUGCUUGCUCUGGGACUACCUGGUCUUCGGCCUGCGCCGUGCCUGAUUCUGUGCAGCUAUCCGGAGCGGUGCCUGGCGACAGUUCUUGCAUGGCGUGGACCUACCUCGAGUCCGCGCAGUGUUCAGGCCUAGGGGCGGCUGACAAUGGCCGAUGGUGGAUCUUUGGCGUUGAGGGCACUCUAGCUGACUGGAGUAUCGUGAACAUCAGCAAAGCCGUGUCACUGCUAUGCACCCCGCGCUUUUACAACGACACGGUCGAGCUACACGUCUCCACAGAUCUCGAUUCUGGCGGCGUCUUGCUCGUGGCAGAAGAUGCACCCAUCACCUCUGAAGAGCUCCCGCGCAACUACUGGCACAGCCCCUCGGACCCAAGCACUGACUUCGUGUCGUAUGUCUCUAAGCUCUUCAAUAACACGUUCGGCAACGAGCUGCAAGUCCUGUCCAACUACCAAUACCUGGACUACUUCAGCAUGAUGACCGUCUUCAACCAGACACGAAGUACGCUCGCACUCUUCGAUCCAGAGACUAUGAUCACAGCUGCCUCUGAAACCUACGCCGCCGCUUUCGCACUACUUGCCGGUCUCGACCUCGACGGCGACGGCUCUACCUUCCUUCUCGAACCUACCCCGCACGCGAAUCCGCCCAUUGUGAUUGCUCAUAAGCUGGGCACGCUGGCUGUCGUCAGCAUGGUGCCGCUUUACUUCGGCGUCGGCAUCUUGUGCCUCUACGGCAUCUCUAUCUUCCUCGUUUGGCCGGGCUGGAAGCGGCGGACGAGGCUCGAUGUAUUGUAUCCUGCCAACGUCAUGACGAUGAUCUAUGAUAGCGAGUUAGUGGAGAUGGUCGCGAAUUGUGGGGAGAAGAGUGGGUUCCAUUCGCUAGAAAACGAGCAAUUCGCAUUGGGCGUGGUGCGGGGGAAGUCCGGGAAAAUGAGGGUCGGAAUUGAUGUGCAGAGGAAUGUUGUACCGGUUGAGAGGGAACCGUCGAGUUGGGUUUUCUGGAGGCCUUGGGGAAAGUGAAUGAUUCUCCAUAGGGUGGCUCGGCUAGUUUACGAGUUUGUCAAAUUGGUGAGAGUCCAGUCCUUGUUCAGACGGUAUCGCGAUGUAAUUCUUUAUAUCGAUUGAUUUGAAGCACCU